CUUUUCAAAUCCCUCUCCUUUAUAUCUUCAUCAUCAUCAUCGUCUGCAGGGAUAUCCCUUUGAUUUAUUUUAUAUCAUUGGUAAUGACUUCCUCCUUCCGUUGAUACCCACAACAACAACACCACAAGCUCUUUUUUUUUUAAUCUAAUUUUGGCUUUGGAUUUUCUCAAGUUUUGUUGUGACUAUGGCUGGUGGAAACGAAGUCAACCUUAACGAAUGCAAGAGAAUUGUCCCACUCAACACAUGGGUCCUCAUUUCCAAUUUCAAGCUUGCUUACAAAGUCCUCCGUCGUCCUGACGGCUCCUUCAACCGUGACCUCGCCGAGUUUCUUGACCGUAAAGUUCCUGCCAACGCCUUCCCCGUUGACGGCGUCUUCUCCUUCGACCACGUCCACUCCCCCACCAACCUCCUCACCCGAAUCUACCAACCUGCUUCUCUCUUUCUUCACCUCCCCCCGGGCUCCGUCAACCUUACCCUUCCUCUCAGCACCACUGACAUCGUCCCUGUUCUUGUUUUCUUCCACGGAGGCAGCUUCACUCACUCCUCCGCCAACAGCGCCAUCUACGACACUUUCUGCCGACGCCUUGUCACCCUCUGCCGUGUUGUCGUUGUCUCUGUUGAUUACCGCCGAUCCCCCGAGCACCGCUUCCCUUGCGCUUACGACGAUGGAUGGAACGCCCUCAAGUGGGUCAAGUCCAGAGUCUGGCUUCAGAGUGGUCUAGACUCCAGUGUUUAUGUUUUUUUGGCUGGCGACAGCUCCGGAGGCAACAUAGCUCACAAUGUUGCUCUGAGGGCGACCAGAGAAGGACUCCAAGUGUUGGGUAACAUUCUUCUUCAUCCAAUGUUUGGCGGACAAGACAGGACUCAGUCUGAGAAGACCCUUGACGGCAAAUACUUUGUCACUAUACAAGAUCGUGACUGGUAUUGGAGGGCUUACUUACCUGAAGGUGAAGACAGAGAUCAUCCUGCGUGUAAUCCCUUUGGCCCCAGAGGUCAAAACCUUAAAGGAGUCAACUUUCCCAAGAGUCUUGUCGUCGUUGCUGGUUUAGAUCUUGUUCAGGAUUGGCAAUUGGCCUAUGUCGAUGGGCUUAAGAAGACUGGUCUUGAGGUCAAUCUCUUGUAUUUGAAGCAAGCUACCAUUGGGUUUUACUUCUUGCCUAACAAUGAUCACUUUCACUGUCUUAUGGAAGAGUUGAAUAAGUUUGUGCACUCCAUAGAGGAUUCUCAUUGCAGGUCAAGUCCUUUGCUUCUUACUCCCUAGCAACAACAACACGGUCUCGUCAUGUUACUGGCAUAUACAUAAAGAGAUCGAAGAAGCAGAUUAGAGUUUGCCUGUUUAUGAUGGGGUUUUUGUACAGUUUUUCACAUUUUAGUGUUCAGUAGCGUUUCUUGUAUGUUUGUGUUCCUUGGUCUCUGGAGUAUAAUAAGUCUGGCUUAUUGUGAGAGAUCUGGUUGCGCCUGAAGGAAGACCAUUUCGGAUAUCGGCAUCUACCGGUUAUGGGCUAAACCGGGACAUGGUACUUUGUUUGCGUACUAGUAUGUGGUAGACUUUAAUUGGUUCUAGAGUACAGAGGGUUAAAUUACAAGACAACUAACUUGUCUUCAACAGGUUGUGAAAAGAAACUUAUCCCUUGGUGUGGAUUUGUAUGUUUAUACUACCUUUUUGUGUUCUCAUGCUAUUAAUAGAAAGAGCAUGAUGUCUUUUGUCGUUGUAAUUUCUCACCUUCCUCUUGUUUUAUUAGUUCAUGCAUUAAAACAAAA